UUUAAUUGCAUCGUACAGUGUAGUGGUACAUUUAGUGAGAUUGUUGUGCAAGUUGAAGUGUGGGACUCACACUGUGUGUUUGCUCAGAGGUCAUUUGUUUUGUCAGGUUCCCUCGGAGUUCAGGGAAACCUUCUUUCUUUUGUUUUUGUUUUAUCUUGCUUAUUUUACUUCCUUCUUUCCUUCCUGCCUGCACUCUGUUUUCCCUUUUUUUUAAAAUGGCAUUGCUAUGAUAUUUUUUACAUUAGUACAUCCCUGCCUGUCAGAUCUUCCCUCUUUUUUCUUUUUUUUAUUAGAUUUGCAUCUUCAACUUUCCCUUUUUCAAGCUCUUAACCUUCUACAUUAUAAGUCCCUUUGCCUCCCCAUCUCUCCCCCCUCCUCUCACUCCCAUCCUUGAACUCCUUCCUCACGUCAGUGAGGGCUUGUGCUGUAUUUGUGGAGUUUGCCCUGCUGACCCCAAUUACCAGGUUAACCAUUAACUUUUAGGUUUCACCUUGUUGGCCCUUUGCCCCCUGGCUCCUCGUCAACACUGACACAGCUACAGGCUGCAGUAGUUCAUGCUGCAUGAAAUUUGCAAGCUGCUGGCAGGAAAAGAGAGAAAGAGAAAUACAGGAAAGCUUUUGGUGUAGGGGGGAGUAGUGGGAGGAAAUAGUCAAGGUGUAGCAGAAGAGGCAAGGCGUGGGAGCAUAGGGAGUAUCAAUGAAAAUCCAAAUCACUGAAGCAGCUGGAGAGUUAAGUCAGACGAAGGAAGGCAAAAGAAGAGAAGAAGAAGAAGAAGAGACGUGGGAGUUACAGUUUUGGACCCAAGAGAUUUUGUCUGGAGGAGUGUUAACUGUAUGCUACUGUGUUUGGCUGCUGGGAGGAAGAUGGAGGAAGCUCUUUCAUAGUAGUAAAAGUGAUGGAGCCCAUGACGGUGACGACGUCGGUGGUCGGACCAGAAGAGUUUGACCGCAACGCCCCGCGGAUCUGCGGCGUGUGCGGUGACAAGGCCACCGGCUUCCACUUUAACGCCAUGACAUGUGAAGGCUGCAAGGGAUUCUUCAGGCGCAGUAUGAAGCGUAAAGCCUCUUUCACUUGUCCAUUCAACGGAAGCUGCACCAUCACCAAGGACAACCGGCGUCACUGCCAGGCCUGUCGUCUCAAACGCUGCAUCGACAUCGGCAUGAUGAAAGAGUUCAUCCUGACAGACGAGGAGGUCCAGAGGAAGAAGGAUAUGAUAUUAAAGAGGAAAGAGGAGGAGGCAGCCCGGGAGGCGAUGAGGCCACGUCUGAAUGAGGAGCAGGCCCGGAUCAUCUCCAGUCUGGUGGAAGCUCACCACAAGACCUAUGAUGCCUCCUAUUCCGACUUCUCCCGCUUCAGGCCUCCAGUGCGUGAAGGCCCAGUAACACGCAGUGCCAGCAGAGCCGCCUCCCUUCACUCUUUGUCUGACGCCUCCUCUGACUCAUUCAACCACUCACCUGAGUCUGUGGACACCAAGAUGAACUUCAGCAACCUGUUAAUGAUGUACCAGGAUGGCGCGAGCAGUCCAGACUCCAGUGAGGAGGACACAAAGCUCUCCAUGCUACCCCACCUGGCUGACCUGGUCUCCUACAGCAUUCAGAAGGUCAUAGGUUUUGCCAAGAUGAUCCCAGGCUUCAGAGAGCUGACAGCAGAGGACCAGAUCGCUCUGUUGAAGUCGAGUGCCAUUGAGAUCAUCAUGCUGCGUUCAAACCAGUCGUUCAGUCUGGAGGACAUGUCCUGGAGCUGCGGGGGACCUGACUUCAAAUACUGCAUUAAUGACGUUACAAAGGCGGGUCACACUCUGGAGCUGCUGGAGCCGCUGGUGAAGUUCCAGGUUGGUCUGAAGAAACUCAACCUGCACGAGGAGGAACACGUGCUGCUCAUGGCCAUCUGUCUACUCUCCCCAGAUCGCCCCGGUGUCCAAGACCAAGGGCGCAUUGAGCAGCUGCAGGACCACCUGUCGGAUGCGCUGCAGGCCUACAUCCGGGUCAACCACCCAGGCGGACGCCUCCUCUACGCCAAGAUGAUCCAGAAGCUUGCCGACCUGCGCAGCCUGAACGAGGAGCACUCCAAGCAGUACCGCUCACUCUCCUUCCAGCCCGAGCACAGCCUGCAGCUCACCCCGCUGGUGCUGGAAGUGUUUGGCAGCGAGGUGUCAUAGCAGUGGUGUUAGUUUUCUUAACGAAAACUAUGACUACAUGUGUUCGUCAGCGACCUUUUUUUCCAUGACUAAGACAAGACGAUGACGAGACGGCAAUCAUAAUUAAACACUAACUGUGACUAUAUCAACAUGCAACAUUGUUGACGAAAAAGACAAGACUAAAAUGUAGUUUUAAAAACUUUACUAAAACCUCUUUUUAUUUUUGUUGACAAAAAAUAGAAGAUGAAAUAUUAUAGUGUUUUGUUUUGUUUUGUUUUCAAUGCAGCAGUCCCGUUCCUUGUGCUGCACAUGCCAUAUCAGGAUUACACCAGCAGCACACAGUGAGCACUGUCAGGAGGACCUGGAAUAACUUACUUACUUAAGUUAAAGCUAACAGUGGAAACAACAGGACUUGGGAGAAAAAAACAAAGUGAAAAUUGGGUCUAUUUUUGUAACAGUGAAGCUGAGAAAUACGAAUCCAUUGCUUUAUCAGAAGGAAGCAAUGUGCCCAUAAAAUAGCUGGUAAGAAUACCACAAACAUGACGAGACACAUUCAGGCUCAGAACACGUUCCAUGUUUGGAUGAUACCAUCAGACAACUAAACCAGACACAUUCUGCAAAGCUACAUUCUUAAUCACCAACCUGUGUUAUCAUCAGUUAAUAAGAUAAAAUCUUAUGGGAAAUAAGUUUUACAACAAAAGAAAAAAUAUUAGUUUUUGAAAUGUUCAAUUUAAUCUGACUAAAAAAGACUAAAAUGUCAACAGUUUCCACUGAUUUAAAGCUUUACUUAAGUAGUUACCGUUUUCUAUGAUAAGACUAAAACACCCAGACUGUUGUAUGAGGUUGACUGAAUAUGAUACAAACUGACAAGGACAUUUGACACAGGACUAAGACCAAGACUACAUAAAAAAGUAACACUACAUAGCAGAUGAGGAGGCACGCUCGCAUACACAUACACACUUAUCACACACCAGAGGAUGAUUAACCAGCCCUUACCGCCUUUUCCCCAAGAGAACCCCAGCUCUUACAGUAUAUGCCUGGACAUGAAGGGAAAAGAUGGAUAAUCAGAAAGGUAGACAGUAACCUUCACCUCUUUAUUAUCUGCCCAUCCUCCUCCUCCUCCUCCUACUGACCUCAAGCUGCCUGGACCUCUGGACCUUUUGGAUUUAAGACACCUGAAUAUGCUGUGGAUUUCCACAGCACGUGGAUAACGAGAUUUUACUUUAACCUUUGCUUUUGCAAACACAGUGCCGCAUUAAAUGUCAUUAUACCAGGCAGAAAUCCUGACUCACUGACAUCUGGAACAGACGGACAUGCUGAUCCUCUCCAAAUCCAUAAACUCCCCCCAAAAAAGACAAAACAAAAAAAAAACCCAGAAAAAAAACAUUGCCUUUUUCUCAUCAUCACCUUUCCCCGGCCAGAUUCCUGCCAUUUUCUUUACAGCAGAGACAUCUCGCUGGAUGUGACUGUCACAUCCCCUUUACCAUCAUCCUCAUAUCAUUGUUCCAUGUUCACACCAUCGCAGGGGCAGACAGGAGUGGAUACACAGAUCUAUUAACCAUGCUGGCACGUGUUAGGUACAGAUAAACUGCUAGCAAUGUUACUACACUCGUGUUAGCUACAAGCUAUCGCUGUUUACAGUUAAUUAACAGCAAAGACAUCCAAAUAUAUUAAACAGCAACGUGGCCAGCAAGCUUACAAUAAUAUAAUGUAAAAACUUGUUUUACUGGUUUAAAAAACUUGGUUGAGACGGGCUGCUCGGCCCUGUGUAUCUGUGUAUGUGCAAAGAGAGGUAUCAGAUGGUCAGACAGGAAGUUAAAGUAGGAAUGUGUCAGUAUGGGAAUGGUGAGAAGAAAGGUGAGAUUAGGAGGAAUGAGCAAAGGAGGUUGGAUAGAUGGAGGGAUUUGCUACGGUUGGAAUUCCCUGUUCACAAGACAAAAGGGAACUUCACAAAACAAGAAUGUAUGUAUAAUGCUAUAUAAAUAUAAAUGAUACAUAUAAGCUGAUAUAUAUGAAUAUAUAUAUAUAUAUCUAUAUAUAUAUAUGUAUAUAUAUAUAUAUAUGUAUAUUUAAGAGAGCGAAACAUGGUUGUUUCCAUGGAAGCAAAGAGUGUUGUAUAAUGUAGAGGAUCUGAAGGCCCCUCCUCAGUUGUGUGUGUGUGUGUGUUUGUGUGUGUGUGUGUGUGUUGUCUUUCAAAAGACACAUUUACACACACUAGAGAAAGCGUCGAGGAGUGUGUGAGGAGUCCUUCUAUUUUUAUGAUGUGUGUACAGUACAUGAGAAUAUUGAUGGACCACAAGGGGGUGUGUGUACAGGCUCUGACCGAGGGUUCAGUGCAGGGAAGCACUUCUCUGUUGGAUUUUGUCGUUUUUUGGACCUGUGAAGUUUGUAGACUGACAUACGCAAACACAACGUCAUGUUUCGUGGAUAGUGAUUAUCCAAAAAAAAUAAAUAUUUGUUCGGCUGGUUAGAUUGCUGCUAAGACAGUUUAGAGCUAGAUAGUUGGACAGAAACCAACUACCGGCUGUUGCCUCAGGGAAAAAGUUUGUCUGAUGAUAUUGUGUACUUGGUGUUUCUGGUGUGUGUGGCGUAAGCUUACAAUCAUAAGACAGAGAUUGUUUUUGAAGCUCUAGGCAUCACUGUGAUUUCUAAACAUACUAAAUAACAGCAUAAGUAAGCUAAAAGCGAAACUUUUUAAAAAUAAUAAUGACUACAAGAUUGUCAUUCCUAAAAAAAAAUCUCUUAAAUGGUCUGCAUGAUCGUACAAUCCAUUAGAGAUCAUUGUUAAAGCCAACCUUCUCAUUAAAUAGCUACAUUAUAAAGGACAGAGUCGUCUGCGUUAAAAUAUUGAGUGAUUAAUGUCAGCCUUAAGUUUAUUUUUUUCAGGGCAAAGUGAAUAUUCUACAGAAGGUAGCAAUGUACAGUAGUUAAAUGAUGUAUAGCCUGUAGUGUUAUUGGAAUGAGAUCCGUCAGAUGCUUUGAAACAGCUGGGCAGAGUUAUAAAACAUGAGAAAGAACUUUUUUUAUAUUAACUAUAAAAUCAAGCCUCAUACCUCUUUUUUUCACAUUUAUAUCAUUUCAACACCAGCCACAUAAGCGAGGUUUAGGAUGUUACUUUUCAACAUCACUACAUAUCAUAUCACGUUUCAGUCGACACGGUGCAUGCUCACCCCUCAUGCAGGCCUGGAUCACCCCCUUGUGGACAAACUUUGUAAAUACCACUUACUAAGUCUGUACAUAGUUAGAGAUUAAUGUAGGCAAAAUACUAAGAGAAUUCAAUUGUCGAUGGCAAGAUGCUCUGGAGAUACAGCACUAUAUGCAAUUAGGAGAUGGACUCUUAUGUUGUAUUCAAUUAGAAUCGGCAGAGGUGGCAAUCCUGGUCAAGCUGCUGAGUUGUUUCAGGGUGCGCUGAAGAAAUCUGUCAGGUUGGGUUGGGCUUUUUGAAACUUUUGGCAGCCAUCAUUUCGUGAGUUCAAAUUCAAUCUCACAACAACAAAAUAAUGAUUUUAGGUGUUUGGCAUACAAGAGCAGGUUUCACAGAUCAACACAUCUGACGGAACAUCAGGAAACCUGGACAAUAUAGUCUCUAAUCAAUGGCUACCUUAGUCCAACCCGUGUUUCGGGUGAUGCUCUUACUAGUGCAAUGACUCGGAAAUCUGACCUGCAAAGGCUUCAUGUGACUGAACAUUCCCAGUGGUGGUUGUGUUGAUCAUUCCAACUGGCUGAGUCUCAUGCAUGAUACAAACAUCAGUGUGAGCAUCCUUUCUGGCAGCCCUUUCAAUGCACCCGACACCUCAGUAUGUUGCCACCAGGAAUUGUCCUCUCUGUCCAUUCCAAGCUUAUGGAUGUACAUCUUUUCUCUUUCUCUCUCUUUCUAAAAUCUAUCGAUAAGCUUUUGACAAUUAUACAGUAUAUCCAUGAUAUUUUCAUUUUGGUGAAAAUCUGUUUUUAUUUUUUUCUCUAUUUUCUUUUGUUCUUUUCAAGAUUGUCAAUUUUAAUAUGUGUCAGAGUUUGCUGUCUCGCUAGCGCUUGGCUUGCUGCGCUGGGACGUCGUUUUAAUGAAGCAGAGAUGAGCCCGGUGGACUCCUGGAGACUUUCAAGUGCAAAUGAACAAGCUCCACAUGUCUUGUUCCCUUGAUUUCAGCUGAGUGUUCAUGGAUUAGCCCUUUAUAACUAAAGAUGUGGCUUCACUUUCUUGUUUGGACAGGGUUGGGAUACUGGCACUCGUUCUAAUUCCUUUUUUCUAAUGGAAUAAGAAAAGACUUGUCAGUGCAGCCGUGUUACACCUGGAGCUGUACACAGUGGAGCAAAAGUAUUUCAGUGUCAAUGAAAAGGCAGUCCCAAGCUCUGUAACGAAAAAAAGCUACAUCUGCUUUUCCAGAAGCAGGAUGUCAAACACAAUCAAGUGAUCAUAAACUAACACUGCCUCAACUCAACUGACUUACACAGGAUUUAGCCAACAGCAAACUGUUGCAGCAGCAGCAUGGGCGUGCCUCUUCAGCCACCACCCAACCAUCUAACCGCCUCUUCUUCUGCAAUAGCCAAUUACAGCAGGAUUACUCUUCAUAGCUUUAACUCAGCAGCCAGUCAGGCUCUGCUUUCAGAAAACUGUGGUGCACCAAGGGCUGAUGGGAGUCUGAGAUUUAGCGGGACGGCUGCUGUGGAAUCGGACGUGUCACUUUACUGUGAAAAAGACAAUGCAGGAAUUGGCUCCUUCGUCCUGUCUGACCCAGGAAAGAAACCUUUGGAUUGGACCUCCAGAAGACUGUGUAGAAUCUGUAUAGAAGAUUUUAGGAGAUAAAAGUAUUUUUAAAAUAAGAGUUGCCACAGGCAAGGUGUAGUGACGUGCUCUACAGGAAGGGUGUGCAGUGACUGAUGAGAUGUCGCCUCCUAAACCCAAAGUGUGACAUUACCUUUCUCACUAUGUCUCGCAUCGCAGCUCUUGGAAUUUUAGAUUUUUAAAAAAAUCAUUGUUUGUUAAAGUAAUUGUUGAAAUACAUAAAAAAGUGGACUUUUUUUACAUUCAACAUCAACAUCAUCUACAUCAUCUGUCUCAAAAAGGAAUGCAGGGCGGGGUGACAGGGGGAGGGUGUGUUCAGUUUCUAGGGUUCAGAGAGUGAAGCAUCAGUUAUUUCGACAUGAUUUUGGAUAAUGGAAUUAAGUUAAGCCUGCAAGACGGAUCUGGCCUACAUUUUUUUCGCUAAUGGCUGAGUAUUGUAGCUGAUGGGAGAGGCCAUUAGUGCUCAAAUGAACCCAAACGAGGCCGCACUCUCCCCACUCGACCCCCCUCCCCUCAAACCCAGGUCAGCAGCUCCACCUCAGUAGCCUUACUUACAGAAACCUCACUCAGCUGGAAACAUGUAACAGAUACCUCAAUGUUUUACAGGAUGACUUUUCACAAUAGCCUUUAAGGGAACCAAACAUAAACUCAUACUACACACACACACACUCACACACACACACACACACACUCACAAAGAAACACACAAUCACGCCACAACUCUCUCCUCAGCAACCUUUGCAGUGUUUUUACGUCAAACGUAUAGUUAAACUAGUUGCCAGUUGUACAAAGAAGGUUGUCCAGUAGAGUCCCCCUUGCCAGUAGACCAGUCAGUAUAUGAGUGGAUCCCAAUGUUUCUAAAUGUUAACUGUCACUUUUUUUCUGCUUUACUCACUCGAUCCUCAUCUCUGCCUCAUUGUGUGUUUCCUAUUGUCUCUGUCUCUACAAACAGAUGGCGUGCCGCUAAGCUUUGGCGCUGCGUUUAACCAAACAUACUACCUCUCCCUUGCGCACACAAAUAUAUAUAUAUAUAUUUAUACAUAUAAACUCAUAUAUAUAUAUAUAUAUAUAUAUUUGUCGCAGCAUGAUUGUGUUUAUGAUAAAGCAUCCGUUUUUAUUUUUAACACUAAUUUAGAAGUUAUUUUUUUUGUGUGUAUAUGUACAGGAAAUCCCUUUUUAUCUCUUUUCAAAUGCUGGAUGAUUUUUACCUCAGAUCUCAAUGUAAGCCUACAAAAAUUAAAGGUGCAGUAUGUAACUCUGGAGAAAGAUAGUUGACAGUUGAGUCUCAUUCUCAGGUCGUCAAAUACAGAUACUUUGGUUUGUCGGUUAUGUCCAACCACUAACCAAGGUUGUUGGUAUUUGAUGACCUAGAAAUUGGGAGCUUUCACAUUGGGGACCCAGUCCUGGAUCCUGGUAUACUUGGCCCCAAAGUCCAGUUCGGUUGAUUGGUGUGAGUGCUGUGUACUGUGCCCAGGAUUGGUACGCUGAUCCAGGCCGGAAUCCGCUUGAAAAGAUGGUUUUGAGCAUUCCAGUAUGGUACUCAUCAGGUGUGAACACCAACUGCACCAAAACACAGAGGUGGACUGCUAUUCAAUGCAACUACAAAUUUUUAACUGGUUGUAAAAUGGUCUCAACACAACACUGAUGCCUAUAUAUCAGACAGCAGCGCAGCCUGCCAAUGACACACUCACAUCCAGCUUUGCUGCCGCCUUCAACCUGCAGUCGGAGCUUCGUCUUGCUGCUCCAGCAGCAAUGUCCGUCUCUGGAACAGCAAAAAUGUCAAGUACAUGAUGAUGCAAGUGUCCUUGUGUACGGGACAACAUUACUAAUGGGGAAGCUUAGCAGUGGGGGAGUGGAGAAAAGGGGAAAUCAUGCACGGUACAAAUCAGUCAUACCAAAGAGCACCCUGAGACUCAACAAUCAUCUUUCUCCUUAAUUGCAUACUGAACUUUUAAAGUCAGUAAAUCGAAGGCCUCUUUAGCAUCACUUCGCCACUGAAGUGUGUAAAUGCAUGUUCAAAUCUUUUCAUGGAAAUAAGGCUACGUUCACAUAGCGGCUGCAAGUGCCCGAGUUUUUUUUGUUUUUUUCUUCUUCUUCUUUUACAAGUGACACAGAUCUGAUGUUUUCUAAUUAUUUUGGGCAGCAAAAAAACAUCUAUCACUGUUUUUGUACGGAUUAAAUAUACAAGAUAUUACGUGUUUAUUAGUCAGCUUUAGAGGCACUGGUAGGCUCGCACAGAGCCAGGCUAGCUGUUUUUCCCUGAUCUUUGGGCUAAGCUAAGCUAACUGCAUCCUGGCUGUAGCGUGGUAUUGCUUUUCUCAGCUAACUGGGCAGGAAAACAAAUAGCAUAUAUCCCUAACUGUCAAACUAAUCUGAAUCAUAGCAAGCCUUGAAAAGAAAAUUAUAUUUUUAUUAUUGGAAAAUAGAAGCAGUUUAAUCAAAAGUCACUCACCUAGCUUGAGUUUAUCAAGCAGGCUAAAUUAGAUAAACCAUGAUCCACAAAUUUUAGAUAUGAUCAGCAAAUUGGAAUUGUGACUUCUAUGUGAAUGCAGCAUAAAACCCCAGAGGCGAUGUGCUGAUGUGCUUCUGCUCAUCAGCAGACACUUAGAGGCAAACAGUGCACAGGGAGUAUUUGGACUUAGGCGGCUAGUCCUGCUAGAGGCCGAGCCUCCUUGAUUUUAGCAGUGCUCUCAAAACACUUUAAUACUACCAAACUAACAGGUGUUGUUAGAUGCCACCUAAUUUGGCCAGAGGACUCGUUUGUCUAAUGGGACUCCACAGAGCUGCCAGUUGUACUUUUUAUAGGGUUAAAAGUGUCGGACUGACCGUCAGGCUUGUGCAAAACACUUUCAGCUUUAUGCAACAGUUCAGAGACAAGUGACGGAGGUCUCAGAGUUGAUUGAUGCCGACUCAUUUUAGGGGAGUGGUGGUUGGUCUUUGAUAACCGUUCUGUCCUAACAUCUAAAAUGUAAAACUUAGUGGCUGUGGCCGGGACUCGACACCCAACGCAGUGGUGUCUCUUCAGUCUGCUUUGCUUUGGUAUUGCAGGUUUCCUGUGUGUCUGUCUCUACUGUAGCUUUCCUUAAAUGUCUGAUAAGGGUUUGUAACAUUGGGAUCCCAUAUUAGAUAUUCCAGAUACAAACAGCUGUUUCUUUAUCUUUUUUUUUUUUCCUACUCAGCAAUCAGCCAAGUCUCACACACUCGCUGCAGCCCAACACUCUGCCUUCUUCUAACUCCCUCCAACUCUGGUUCUGAGUCCUGCGUUUAUUUGCUGCAUUCACUCAGCUUUCAGGAAACCAGGCCUUCAAGAUAUAUGCUGUGAACGUCACACCACGCCUUUAGCGAUCACUCUUUGUACUAUAUCGACUAUAUCAUUUCUUACCAUCCGGGGCUGUUGAUGGAAAAUUUGGGGCAGAAAUGGAACUUGAGUUGAUUCAGUUCGUGGAAGUGUAAGAUAUUUAGUCAUGGGAUUCUUUUAUUGCAUCAACGUGUUAUCUGUUUUGCGACCUUUUGGGAAAAGGAUAAGGUUAUAAUGGAUUUUGAGUUUCACUUAGAAAAAGUAGCAAACUGCCCUUUGAAACAGAUAUUAGGAGGCUUAUGUGUUGAUUCAGUGUUUACACUUAAACUAACUGUACCCCGGAACAAUAAAUGCAACUCAAAAGACUGAAUAUUGAACCGUUUCUCAAGUAGAUCUCAGUUUGGAGCGGCCUCAGUAAAGGUCUGCUGCUCGUACUGAAAUAUCGUCGCCUGUUUGAACCUGAGGAGAGCAGGUUAGAUAGAAAAUCGGCUUUUCUACUGUCAUAACAGACGGAUGGUUGUCAUUUAAGACUGAUUGUCAUCUGUUGCUCUGAUUGCAUUUCUCCGCUACCUCUUUAAAGAUGCGCUUGCUCAUACACACAUGCACUUAAACAACUGCACUCACAGGCUAACACACACUCAUACUGACUGAAAAACACACUGAACACAGUACACACACUCAAAUAGACACACACACACAUACACGAUGCACACUUGUGUGUACUUCUUUCUCCCUCACCAGCAGUUUUUGCCAAUGAUGCACUUGUGUUUUUUUAAAUGCUCUGCAAAAUGUGUGAUGUCUAAAAAUGGUUUGUUGUCAUCAUCCUUCUUCUUCUUCUUCUUCUUCUUCUUCUUUUUCAUUUUUAAAAAAAAACUCUAAUCUCUAUAGUAAGUCCUGGGCUAGCCAGGUUGCUAGAAAUAAAUCGAGCAUUAAUUCAUCCAGUACAUACAGAGAGUUUCAUGUCUUUUUAAAAAACAUAAAUGCACAUAUUGCUCAGCUCAGUUGUACCUUGGUGUGCCUAGAACCCACAGCCUUAUUUUGGGACAAUAUCAGGGGUUUCAAGCCAAAAUACAGGACGACCUGUCCUUGUAUUGCUGACAGUUUUGUUUAGUUUCAGUAGCUGAUUUUUCCCUCUCUUCAUAUCCACACGUGUUAGUUUCUUCGAUUGUUGUAUCAGUUUUAUGAGUCAACAGAAGCUUGCUAGUGGGAGGUGCACGUCCUGACUCGGGUGUUCUGCGUCAGUGUUUUUCUGCUGGUUGUUUCAUUCAGUACUUUAUAAUUUAUUCCCCUUGGCUGAUUUUUCAGCGACAGUCGGUUCUUAUGAAACCUGCCCGGCUGUUGAAAAUGAUUUAGAUGUCAAGUAAAAACCUGAUGCAAAAGCUCCUUGAUUUUAUUUAAUUUGACUUAAUUGAAGCUUCUUUUUUUUUUUUUUUUUUUCUUUUUCUUGUUUUUCAAAGAAAGUCCAACAGACUGUGACCUCCCAUAGCAUGAACUAUUCUCAUCAUUAGGAGAACAAAGGAAAAGUCUAAAAAUGUAGCUGUUCUCAGCCGAGUCCCAAGAUAAGUACCUUUACCUUCACACAUGCACACCGCCAUGCAGUAAAACUCACCAGACCUCAGUGCUUCUAGCAGGAACUUGUCUUUUCAACAUAUGCCGUUGCCAUGGCGUUGCUGUUGAUGGCACCAUCAAUAGCCCUAUAUAUAAAAGAAAUAGUGUUAUACAUACAGUACCUUAACCAAUGUCUCUCUUUGUGGUCAAAAUCACCGCCUGUUUUUUUUUGUGUUACUCUUUUCUUUUUGCUCUUCUUGUCUUUGAAGUUGAUCCAUUGUACUUUGAUUACAUGCAUUGUAUGUAGUAAAAUACUGAUAAUGUUUUGGGGAAAUCACAAAUAAAACAGCUGUAUAUAAUGAUGCAAAACAA